AUGCACUUCUUUGAGGAACUCAGGAAGGUCGGCACAAAAAACUCUCGAGUCACCGAGCUCGAGCUUCAAAAAAAGCAACAGCAACUUGACUAUGAAGCAAAUCAACGGCGCAAGGAGGAAGAGGCUGCCCGUCGUCGCAAGGAGGAAGAAACCCGAAGGAUUUUACAAAGAGAGCUGGAACGGAAAAAGGCAGAGGAGGAGCAUCGUCGGAGGGAGAAUGCGAUACAAUUGAAGGCAAAGGAACGUGCAAGGGAACGGGAAAGGGAAGCUGAGCGGGAAAGGGAGUACCAAGAAAAGGCGAGGAAGCAACAGGCACGCGCUGCUGCCGGAGGAGGAUCGUCUUCAGGGAAUGGACCUACCUACUCGAGAUCCAAGCAUACUUAUUCAGGAACUUCUUCUGGAUCGCGGUCAUACGAGGCCUCCAAGCCUGCAGCAAAGAAACAGGACUACUCGUUUGACCAGCUGCAAAAGAUCGCAGCCAACGGAGGCAGAAGAAAUGGAUCGGACGACCGUGGACGCAAUGGAGACAGGAACGGAGAUAGACGCGACGACAGAUCUUCGUCCAGCUAUCCCACCAGUCGUCUAGCGGCCGCCGAGAAACUCAAGGUCAACAGAGGAUUCAGUCCUGAGCGCCCUCUUUCUAUGGCCCAAUCAUUUAACGGCACCAAGAUUGCUAAGAAACCACCAGUCAAGCGCAACAUAGCACCAAAGCCAAUGUUCCCAAAUAUGAGGAUUCCGACAUCAAGUGUCAAUUAUGUGCGAGACGCCGGAUUGAAGGCAAUUCGCGACGGACCAGUGGCACUCAACUCAACGAAACGGGAUCGCCGAACAAUUGAAGAAAUCUCGGCAGAGCUGCGGGAAAAGGACGCUCGCAAGGAGGAGCGUGAGAGAAAAAUGAGGGAUAUCGAAGAGGACAGACAGCGGAAGAAUCAGCAGCGCGAAAAGGCCAUUCAAGGAGCGAAACUCAGCAGGGCUCUGAUGAGUGACGAUGCUCAGGAGACGGAUCGCCUUCGUAAAGAGGCCACGAAUGGCGAUAGUCGUAGUCGCAGUCGCAGUCCAGGACCCUCGUCUCGGAGGAGGAGCAGGAGCAGGAGUCCUGUUCAACGCAGGCGGAGCAGAAGCCCCCUUCGGAAAAAGCGAAGCGUCAGUCCUCCUGUUGCUAAAAGGAAGAAUUACAGCCCUGAGUACAGGAAACGCAGUCCCAGUCCUCGCAGAAAGAGAUCAGUUAGCCCAGUCAAGCGGAAAAGCAUGGCUGACAAGGAUCGUGGACGAGAACGGGACCGGGAGUACGACCGGGAUCGGGACCGGGAUCGGGAUCGCACUGGACCCAACAAGAACAAGUUUGUAGACGGACCUUCAUCAUCAGCAAGUAAGAGGCGCGUCUCUCGAUCCCCCUCCCCUCGACCCACCAAGAAACGUAGUAAGGGACCAUUUGAUGACGAGGAAGACUUUUCUGUUUCGUCUGUUAUUGGAUCGCUUUUUGGAACCCGAUACCGUUCGCGCGCCGUCAAUGAGGAUCUCUCUGACGACGACAUGGAAGCUAGACCCGAUGAGGUCUUUCGCGAGGAAGCCCGCAGUGCUCGUAUUGCAAAGAAGGAGGAUGAGAUGGAGGCCGAGCUGGAGCGCCAGCUGGCAGAGAAGUCGCGCAAGCGCAAACUGGAGCGUGAGCGCCGGGAACGAAGCUGA